AUGAAGACUUUGAACGAACCAUUCUGGCAUCGCAAGGCAGUUUAAGGUUAUAGAGUGUCAAGGAUAUAGAUAUUAAGAGUUCAGGGUUUUGACCCAUCAUUCGUGUCACACUAUAGAAAACUAUAGAAGAUGACGAGAGCGAACGGAAGUCAUCAGAAGGGAACAAUUGUUGUCAUCCUUGGAGUAGUCUUGUUGUUUGUCCUUUUAAUCUUGAGAAAUGGCGGGAAUUAUUAUAUGAACUACCUUCACCAAGACGCUUCGAGAGCACAGUUUGAGAUCGACCAAUCCUACGUUCUUCUUAUUUCCCAAGCUGAAGAAGGUUUUUCGCCCCCACAAGUUGAAAACCAAGAUCGAUAUAAUGCAACACUGAUGCAAGAAUUCAAAAACAAAUUUAUCCAGAAACCGAACUAUUUGGUUAAAGAAGACUUUGAAAACGCCAAAAAGAUUGAAUUUGGGAUUUACACAUGGGAAGAUAAAGCUUUAACUGAGCUUCUCCUUGACAAGAGGGAUGGUUUUUCCAUUCACUGCUGUCAUUUUGACAGCGAGAGUUUAUCAAAAGUAUCAAAAUUGAAGAUGGCAAGAGAUUGGGAAAGUGUCAUCAUGGAAAGCGACCGUAAACACUACGAAGCAUUGAAAUCACAAGCACGAACUUACUCAAUCGUAGAUGCAAUUUUAACUGAAAGAGCAAAUUUUAGCAUGGAAUCUCUAAGUAAAAUUCUCAAAAUGAAGAAAGGAGCUUUUUCUAAGCUAAAACAUGUUAUUGCUGAAGGUGGAUUGGAGCAACUUGGACCCGAAGCAGGUCCUGGAAGCAUGACAGUUGUGCCAGAGAUCCCGCUGAGUUUUGUGGCGAAAACAUUUGGAAGAACAGAAGUAGACCUGCUUGCACUAAAAGCAAAGGGGAGAGAACUCGGUAUUUUGAAAGCUAUAGUUUCAGAGGAUUGUGAAGUACAUAUCAUUACAGUUGAAUUCGAUAAUUCUGGCGAAACAAUUAAGAGUUUUUUGACCCAAAAUGGUUACAAAUUGUACGAAGUUGCUGAUUUGAAUAGUUUUCAAAACUCGAAUACUGCUGUGUUUUACAGCGAAAAGGCUAUGGAUGGUAAGAAAACAGAAAGCGUUUUUCCUCUUUUGGAGGAACUACAAAAAGCAAAGCUAAAUAAAUCUUAACAGGCAACCUUCUUCGCAAAGCAAAGAACGAGAUUGAAUUCGGUGAGAAACUGAAUCCUCCGGGCAAAUACAAUAUUGCCACCAUUAUUUUUUUAAAUCUAUAUCCCCUAAAAAGUAAUAAUAAAAACAGAAAAAACACGUAAAUCUACAGAACUAAAAUGAUCAAAGAAAUUGAGACAGUUCUAAAUGUAUUUGAAGGUUUGAUGCGAAUCUGUGCUAACGAUUUCAAAUCGAAAACCUGGGAAAAGCGGAAAGGAGGAAACGUGGAAGAGCUUCGUAGAAUAAUAUCGUCUUAUAAGAUCCAUAAAUGUUCGUUUAUUUUUUGUACAAAACAAAAAAGGUUUUAUAAAAUAAUCAGUGUUAGUAUAAGAAAGGUAUUGUAACAAAAUAUUUUUUAAGA